AUGGCCAAAAAGCUACUCGAAGAGCUGAGCUGGUUGCCUUUAGCUAUUAAACAGGCAGCCUCCUACAUCAAAUUCACCAACAUGUCAAUUCCACGUUACCACGAUCUCCUAAAUGGCACAAACAAGGACAAAGAAACUCUCACGAGUUGGAAUUUUCCUGAUGAGACUCGCUAUCCCCAGCUCCCAAAUGCCAUUGCUAGGAUAUGGCGUAUAUCUUUUGAAAAGAUCAACAGUUCAGAUCCUAUCGCUGCUGAUCUCCUGAAGAUAAUGUCUUAUAUUGGAUCGGAAGCAAUUCCACGAUCUCUCUUGCCCCCUUACAAAUCGGAAGCGCAACCGGAAUCUGCGAUUAGUUCGCAUGUGGAUAUGCAUUCGUCACCAAGAGAGAAGAUGGAAUCAUUCUUGACAUUCACCCUUUAG